UUUAAGAAUUGACUUUUUAAUGUUAAAUAAUGUGUUUUUUUAGAACAAAAAGCAAUAUUAAGAAAAUAUUAGGUAACAUUCAGUACUCACCAAAGAAAAAUGUUUCAUACUCCCCAAUAUAAAAACAUUAAGAUGCAAUUAUGAUUCAAAAGACUAAUUUCAGUGAACUUUGUUGUUAAUACUGGACAAAAGCUCCUUUUCUAUCUCUUCUUCAAAAGCGUGUUAGCAAUAUUACAUUUCAAGAUCACUUCACAAGUUCCUUUGAGUAUUCUCAAGGAGCAGGACUGAACUCUUAAAUAUUUCUAUAUUGUCUUUCAGUUCAAAAUAUCCAAGCAACAAUUUGCAAUAAUUAACAACAUAUUUAAACACACAAACACACACUCCACUACAAAAUCCGUGCUAAAACCAAUCACAGUUUAUGUAAUUACCAGUUACUCAAGUAUUAAACUACAUUAAUGUAGAAUCAGCUUGCUGCCAAAACAAAUACACAUCUAAACGGGACUCCUCAGGGUGCCGUUGGCCAAACAGUGCCGGCUGGCGACACCCAGGGGAAGGGCCUUCUCUGUGGGGGCUCCCACCCUCUGGAACGAGCUUCCCCCAGGACUUCGCCAACUUCCUGACUUCCGAACCUUUCGCCGCGAGCUUAAGACACAUCUAUUUAUUUGCGCAGGACUGGACUAGAUUUUAAAUUCGAAUUGGUUUUAAUGGGGAUUUUAUUAUUUUAUUAUCAUCAUUUUAAUUAUUCGGCCAAUUAUAAUAAGUUUUUAAUGGAUGUUUUUAUUUGUAUUUAUAUGUAUAUUUUUAUCUGGUUGUUAACCGCCCUGAGUCCCUAGGGAGAUAGGGCGGUAUAAAAAUACGAAAAAUAAAUAAAUAAAUAAAAUAAUAGCAUUAAGAAUCACAAUUAAUUAUGGCUUUCAAGCAUAGCUAAAAUUGUGAUUAAUAAAAGGACAAAUCAGUUUCUAAAUGUCACAUUUCUAACAAGAUCACUGUUUAAUUUAUGACAAAUAGUUAAUGAAUUCAAACCUGCCAUUUAAUUUAUAGGAUAAAUAGGAGAAAUGGCUACAGUUUGGAAUUUUUUUGCCAAAUGUGGGAUUUACAAUUUUAUUUGCAAUCUUACCUGAAAUAUGCUUAACUGUGCUCGGUACAAAUUAUUUCUGAAUAAUCACAAGUUCGUAAUGAAACUUAUGUCAAAUCUAAACAUCAUAUUAGCAAGAAUACUUAUCAAACUUAUGAGGGAUACUACAGUUUCAUUUUUUGGAAAAAAAGGCUAUAUCUGAAAAUAUAGGCUUAAAGGAAAUAGUUAAAUUCAUGAUUUUGGCAUUGUUCAAGUUUAAUAAAAUAUUGAAAUUUAGCCCAGUCAAAACCACUGAUCCUAAGCAAUUUAGGGAGGCAAUAUACAAAUGAAAGAAGAGGAAUUGCUAUUAUUGCUGUUUCUGUAAUGAAAAGAAUGAUGGGACCUGAAUCAGGAUGAUGGGACCUAAUAUACCAUUUCACUCAUUUUCCAUACGACAGUACCAGAUCAUUUGGCCAAUUUAGUUUAGAUCUGGGAAUAAUGAGUACAUUAACCAUAGUUGCAAUCACCACUCAUUCCAGACUUUCACUCUACAUUCAAAAUGCAUUUAAAAGGAGAACAGUCCUCAACUGGUAACAGCGAAGGGAAGAAUUUAGAUACCGAGCGGACAAGAUUUUGUUAAAAGGUAAAUUGUUUCUUUAAAAAAGCAAACAAACGGUGUUUAUUAUCAAAUGAACUUUACUUCUGAUGCAUAGAAAUUAUACCAUGACAGAGUGCCAGAUAUAUGCUUUACACAUUAUGCAUAACAAUAGUUAAACAGCCAUACAUUUUGAUAUUAUAAUGAUCAAUAUGGCUGAAAUUAAUAAUAUCUCAGUCCCCACUCCUAUUAUUACUAUUAAUACUAUUAUUAUUAUAUUGUUAGCACAGAAACAUUUUGACCACUGUAAUCACAAUAUUUAUUGAAGGGCAUGUCAUCAUUCCAAACCAUUCUAACUUGUAACUUCUAAUCAGUUCUACAUUAAUUUUAUAAACACAGUCACUUUCUAUGGCACUUACAAUAACAUGGAUUGUACUAUAAGCUUAGUCAAUGUCUUAGGAGAGCCAUGUAAGCUCUGAAAUUCUAACCAGUAUGAAAAAUGCACCUUCUCCCCUAGUCUCCAGUACUUGCAAGCGCUAAGUCUUGAGUGUUUUUUGCAUAUGCUCAGAAGCACCCUUUAUACAUUCCAGAAUUGAACAACGGCACAAAUGCCAAGUCUGUGGUGAUUAAACAUCCGAAAAAGGGCAGGAGCUUAGUACUUUUCAACUUAUCUGCCCUUCUACAGGCAGAAACACUUUCCCGCUCACCCAUUCCAGAAUAAAGCCCUAUGAAACGGACAUAUUCACCAGGCUUCUUAACAGAAACAUGAACUUGCCUUGCUUUGGUGCCUUCACCAGAAAGGCUGACAAAAAGUCGCUCCUGAUGUCCAGGAGCCUUUUAUCUACGAGAUGCUAGGAGUUGAAUUUGUGAUGCCACACAAGGCAAGGGCUCUGCCACUGACCUAUAACUUUUUCUCUCUGACACCUAAAAUCUCACACAGGAGCCAGGCAGUUCACAACCACAACCCGGACCCCUUUCUUAUAUUAUAUGUGGCGCAGGCCGCCCUUCCUUUCAGGGCAACACCUUCGCGUGGCCUUUGGGCGAGCAGGGCACGGCGCGCACUCGCACCAUCACCUGUUUGCCAGCCACUUUCUGGCCAGGCUCUGUUUGCUUUUAACAGCUGCCGAAUUCCCAGGAAAGGAACCUGAUCUCGGCCUAGCGGUCGGGCAAAGAGCUGCCUACGAACGGCUGGAGAUGGCCAUCCGGCCGAGCGCCGCCCCUCGGGGGCCGCUCGCUCCUUCUCCCGCGAGCAAGGCCGCGGCCACAGUCCGGUAUCCGCGGCUGUGGAGGAGGUAAGGCAUGACGGAGAGGAGGGCCAGGACGAUGGCAACCACGAGGAAGAGGGACACCAUGAAGAGCUCCACCCAACCACUGUAGUUGAGGAAGAGGGGCCCGGUGAUAGAGACGACCAUCAUGGAGAAGAAGGACUCUUCACAAGAUUAUGUUGUAACAAAUUAUUUCUACUACUACCUGUUCAAAAUUUCUGCUGCAAUGGGCCAGGAAGUUUUCUACAUCACGUUUCUUCCAUUCACUUACUGGAUCAUUAACGCCCACGUUGCACGGAGACUGAUAAUUAUGUGGUCGGUAGUCAUGUAUAUUGGUCAAGUCAUGAAAGACCUUCUGAAGUGGCCUCGUCCUCAUUCACCACCUGUUGUCAAGCUAGAAAAGAAGACUAAUGCAGAAUAUGGAAUGCCAUCCACACAUGCAAUGGCAGCCACUGUCAUCUCUUUCACUUUUGUAUCUGUGACUGCAAACCAGUACAAGUAUCCACUUGAACUUGGACUUUUGGGAGCCUUCUUAUUUUCAUCUUUGGUAGGCCUCAGCAGAAUUUACACAGGAAUGCACACAGUUCUGGACGUCAUUGUCGGCAGUCUAAUUUCCUUAUUUUUGACUGCUAUUGCCUGUCCUACCUGGGAUAUCGUGGACCACCUGAUGCUCACCAGCCCUUUCUGUCCAGCAUUCUGUAUCAUUGUGCCCCUCUUCUUGUGCUACAAUUAUCCCAAACUAGAUUACUACAGUCCAACUAGAGCAGAUACUACCACUAUUCUAGGAGCUUCUGCAGGAGCAAUUAUCGGGUUUUGGGCAAAUAAUCACUAUGGUUCAAACGCUGCAUCUAAAGAUGUCAUUUACAGUGUUUCUUCUAUCACUAGUGAAAUUAUCUUGUUAGUGCUUGCAAAAUUUAUAGUCGGGAUUGGUGUUUUAAUGAUGACACGGCAGAUUGCCAAAACUAUUGUUCGUAAAUCAUUAUGUUCUUGGCACAAGGUUUCUAACAGUGAUGUUGUAGCUAUGCGGCAAAUAAAAAUUGAAGUGCCCUAUAAAUUUAUAACCUAUUCUUCUAUUGGUCUAAGUGCUACAAUGUUUGUGCCACUUCUAUAUACAUUUUUUGGUUUAAAUUAAAUGCUAUGCAUUUGGUUUUUUUAAUUGUCCAGAUUAUGGACUGCAGAUUAAAAGAUUUGCAGUAGUUGGGGGGCUAGGGUGAUGGGGUGAUGUGAGAAUGGAAUAUGUGCCUUUUGCAUAAACUCUUUAGGACUGCUAAUACUGGAGACUAAAGAUAGGAUUUAGUUAUUCUAGUAUUCAGCGUGAGAGAGAUGGUCACAGACCAAAAAAGAAAAAUAAUCAGGAAUGACAUUUAAUUAUAUGUAUAUUGAUGUAUUAUUGCUGAGAAUUAACAGCUUUGUAAGUUUGCAUUGAGGGAAACCAAAUAUAGUACAAUAUCAGUCU